AUGUCGUCGCCAUCAUCGACGUCAUCCGCGAAACGGAAAAGGACGGCCCUCCCAACCGACCUCCAACAACCGUCGUCGCGCGACGCUUCAGGUGAAGAGCUGGCUGAUUCGCCUUCGCACAAUCUACGGAAUCGCAAGCAUGCCUCGAGUACUUCUAUCGACGGCACCGUGCCGCCUAGCAAGCGAGCUCGCACCCGGUCCAUCCCUAAAGCGGUCGAGUCCAACGGAGCGAUUGGAAACGAUGUUGCCAAUGAGGAAGACCCCGGCGAGCCUUCGAGCACUACUGUGGACAGCCAAGAGAUCGAAGACACGGCGAGGAAAAGGCAAAGAGCCGUCACAAGUUCCAUGAAGAAAGCAUUUGUCAAUGACGAUCGAGACACCAUGGAGGACGUCCCCAAAGCAGGCUUGAGGGAUCCUGUUGGGUACAAGACCAAUCCGCCACCGGUGGGUAGGCCUGUCAGAGUCUACGCCGACGGAGUGUUUGAUCUCUUCCACCUUGGGCACAUGCGCCAGCUUGAACAGGCCAAAACUGCAUUCCCAAACACCUACCUCAUAGUCGGAGUCACGGGAGACGCCGAGACACACAAGCGCAAAGGCCUGACCGUGCUCACUGGAGCAGAAAGGGCAGAGACGCUUCGCCAUUGUCGAUGGGUCGACGAAGUUAUUCCCAACUGCCCCUGGAUUGUGACGCCAGAGUUCUUGGAAAAGCAUAAGAUUGAUUAUGUGGCGCACGACGACGAACCUUAUGGCGCCGACGAAGGGGAUGAUAUCUAUGCCCCUAUCAAAAAGGAGGGCAAGUUCCUCGUCACGCAGCGCACCGAGGGAGUCUCCACUACCGGCAUCAUCACCAAGAUUGUCCGAGACUAUGAAAAGUAUAUCGUCCGCCAACUCAAGAGAGGGACGAGUCGGCAGGAGCUGAACAUCAGCUGGCUCAAGAAAAACGAACUUGAUCUCAAGAGGCACAUGCAGGAGCUGAGAGACAGCGUCAAGUCAAAUUGGGUCACGGCCGGCGGAGAGAUAUCCCGCGACCUGCGAUCGUUCUGGACGAAUGCCAGUUCGAGACCCGCGAGUCCAGCUCCGUUUAACAGACAAUUGAGCGAUCCAGGCCUCAAGAGCCCGCUCCUCAGCGGUGGCAUGACCACGGUCGAGCAACUGAAGCAGUUGGAGACGGCCCUGAACCCAGAGAAGCGAAGCGACUCCCCUGGUAGGCUCAGUAGGAGCGAGGACUUUGCCGCGGGGUAUAGCCUGGGGUUGAUUGGAGGUGUGAAAUCAUGGAUGAUGCGGGGAAAACGGGCCCUGCGCGAUAGCCAGGCUGCCAGCCCUGAAGGCAGCGAGGAUGAUGAGGCUAGAAGCCCCAUUAGCAACGAUGGAGAAUCCGAUAUAUUCGGGCUUAAGACGCCUCCCUUGGGUUCGAUCCGGGGGAGAAAGGGCAAGGCCGCUAAGGGCGACGUCGAAGAGCCCAAGCGAGAGGCUAUGGAUGUGAUGCAUUGA